AAUUGCAUUAAUGAGAAAUUGAACAGGUGUUCCUAAUAAUGAGUGUAUAACUAGGCCUAAAGGCCUUUUAUCAGAGAUGUUGAUUUGGGUGGGACAGGGGGGUCAAAAAGCCACAAAUUGCAUUAGAUGGGUGUGGACUACAAUGUUUUGUGUGAUGGUAUUUGAGUGAAAUACAUUUCUGUUCUGCUAAAGUUUUCUGAUAAGGAUUCAGCAUGUGGUGGUUUCAAGUUUGUUAGUGCAGUCGAGGGCAGUUUUUUCACAUCACAACCUAUCAUUGAUUUUGUUUCUGCCAAGUCAUUGAAUAAAUAAGUUAAUUAUUCUAAAAUGUAUCUUACAUUUUAUUAGAUUUCGUGUACUCUUGUAAAGGUUUUUACCACCUAAAUAUAAGGCUUUGCUGCCCCCCCCCCGGUUUUGUUGACGUUAAGUGUACUGCAGUUAUAGUCAGUCCGCCUCGUCUCCGUGGUUACACACUGGCGGAAGUUAUCUCAAUCCACCUGUUGCACUUCGAACAGGAAUAACAGCUCGAGAAAUCGAUUUUAACGAGUUCAGGAAAAUUUUAUCUAAUCGAAGCGACAAGAGAAGUUCUAGAGCUAGCUUGCUGCGUUCUAUUCCUGUUUCAACUUUAAUGGACAAACUAAAGAAAGUUUUGAGUGGCCAAGAUGGCAACAAUGACGACGGCGACAUAUUUCAGGCGGCGAAUCAAGCGUCCACCCUGGGCUGGGGUAAUCGCAUGAAGGGUUUCAUUGCAUGUUUCGUGCUCGGGGUGUUGUUUUCCAUUUUGGGGACCUGCUUCUUGUGGAUUCCACGGGUUGGUCUGAUUCUGUUUGCUGUGCUGUACACACUUGGCAAUAUUGCCUCGCUCUGCAGCACUAUGUUCCUGAUGGGGCCCCUGAAUCAGCUAAAGAAGAUGUGUGCGAAAGAAAGAGCACUAGCUACAGCAGUUAUGCUGACAUGUCUGGUGCUGACUUUGUGCUCUGCUUUCUGGUGGAAGAACAAUGGACUUGCCUUACUCUUCUGUAUUCUACAGUUUUUGGCCUUCACUUGGUAUGGCCUUUCCUACAUUCCAUUUGCGAGGGACGCCGUUAUCAAGGCAUUCUCUAUCUGUCUGAAGUGAGGCUGCAGUCGUUCCAUGUCUCUCACCAGCUAAGCAGUUGUGAUGCGUGCAUGCGUGUGUGUGCUUUUGGGUCGGCUCGAGCACUCCACUCCCUGGCACACACAGACCAUACAGGUGUUCUGGGCUGUUGCCCGAUGACCAAGCACUCGUAACUGAAUGCUUUCCAGAUGAGGUGUGGGUGGGUGCGUGUGUGUGUGUGUGUGUGUGUGUGAGUGUGCGCGUGCGUGCAUGUGUGUUCGCAUUUGUGCAUUUGGGAUAAAGUUGUCUAGAGGAAUCCGUUUGUGAAGGGAUGCUUCGUCUUCUGCUUGUCUGAGUCCCUUUAGUGGACAUUUAAAUAUAAGCACAAGCACAUGAAGAAAAAUAAGUGAACUUCUCCUUUUAAGUUCAGUGUACUUUUGCCUUAAGUGCGAAAGUACACUUCUACAAAUUUAGACUUGCUCAUUUUAAUUUAUUGUAGGAGGUCAACAGAGCAAAUCUUUUAAUUUCUGCAUCUCUAAACCCCCGGUCCAAAACGAUUCAUAUCUCUAUCUAGGUGCCAACGUGGUCUGUCGUUACUUGUGCUUUGCAAGACAUGUGUUUAUUCACCUCAUUCUCUGGAUCAUUUCAACAACUCACGUGGAAACGUGUACAGUGGAGUUUUGCACUUAAUGUGUAGUGCACUUACCAGGGAGUCAAUUAGUGGAGUCCACCGAGUGGCAGCUGUUAGUGGCCGUUUUUAUUGUUUCAUAGUUCGUACUGUACCUUUUACAGGUUUGAUUUCUCAUGUAUUAAAGGUUUACAUUGAUGAUUUCCAUUUAUUUUUUUUAAAUAAUUUCUAAGGAUAAUGAAAGGACAUUCUGUCUUCAGCUUGCCCCAGUCACAAACAUUUCAAAUCUUAUCAUUGCUGUUAAGUGACUUAUGUAAACUUGCUAGAGAGAAAUGCCUUACUGCUGAUUGCGUACAUUUAGAGAUGUGCUGCUUGCAAUUGAAUCAUUGCCAUUUGUAUACUAUACUGUUGUUACUGCUCUGAAUAGCCUCUUUGCCUCUGAAACUUACAAAUGUAUAUUUCUAUUUGUGAUUGUUUGGCUGCAUUGUUUUAGGACUAUAUAAUCCCCUUGUCUUAUCUUGUUUGAGUGCAUGUAGGUACAGGUUACUUUAAUUCUGUUUAUAUACUUUUCAAAUAUUUUUAUACUAUCUUGAAUGUAAGAUUCAACACUAAUAUUUCAAUGUGUAAUGAUUAUUCAGGCUAGUAAUGCAUAAAUCAGUCAUUAUUAUUUAGUUGUGUAUGAAACAGAUCUUAAAACAGAAAUAAAUUAAUAAAACGUGCAUAUUAUGCAGUGUGCCCUUACAUUGCAGAGAUAGUAGUGACAUCUGUUUAA